GUGGGCUCAGUUGAACUCGAUUAAAAUAAUCCGCAGCGGCCAAUUGCAGUCGAUCAAGAGAAGCGACGACUCGGUCCAGUUCUCCCACGCCUACAAUUGAGAUUCUUCCUGUCUUGGGAGAUCGAACGAAGCAGCAGAGAGGCUAAUCCGAGCUUCACCUCGAGACAUGGCAAGCAAAAGGAUUCAGAAGGAACUCGUGGAUUUGCAAAAAGAUCCACCAACAUCAUGCAGUGCUGGGCCUGCUGGAGAGGAUCUAUUCCACUGGCAGGCCACAAUUAUGGGUCCUAGUGACAGCCCCUAUACAGGAGGGGUGUUCUUUGUUAAUAUCCAUUUUCCUCCUGACUACCCCUUUAAACCUCCAAAAGUGAACUUCCAAACGAAGGUGUAUCACCCAAACAUCAACUCUAAUGGGAGCAUUUGCCUUGACAUCCUCAAGGAGCAGUGGAGCCCAGCGUUGACUAUAUCAAAGGUCCUCCUCUCCAUCAGCUCUCUCCUCACUGACCCCAACCCCGACGACCCCUUGGUCCCGGAGAUCGCCCACAUGUACAAGAAUCAGAGGCAGCGCUAUGAGGAGACUGCAAGGGCCUGGACCCAGAAGUACGCGAUGGGCUGAUGCCUAUCUCACUGAGAGAUGUCACUGUAUAGAUCAUUGCAACGUUGUAAGAAUUAAGUCGAACCAGUUUCCUGUCUUAUGAUUCUAUCCCGGAGACCAAGAUGUCUGUGUCAAUUAUACUGGCUUCUCAGAACAAAGUUUAUCUGUGUACAGUAAUGUCAAUAUUGAAUAAUCUGUGGUGUGCAUCCAAACUUUGGUUCA